AUGAACAGUUCGGAUUCUACAGUGAUCCUGGGAGCAGGAAUCAUCGGCGUAUCCACUGCUUACUACCUGUCCCAAUCUAAGCCUGGCUCGUCUAUCCAUCUGAUUGAAUCAUCACCCGAGCUCUUCGCCUCUGCAUCUGGCAAAGCAGGAGGUUUCCUCGCUGCUGACUGGUAUGGUCCUGCAUCUGCACCUCUUGGUCUCUUAUCCUUUAGACUCCACAAGCAACUUGCUGAUGAGCAUGAUGGUGCUCGGAAGUGGGGGUAUUCGAGGAGUACUGGUGCUUCGUUUGCCGAAGGCCAAGACAACAUGAAAGAGGAAGAUAAGGAAGGCGAGUGGCUCGAAAAUGGCAGGAGCAGGGCUGAAGUCGCUGGAAGUCAUGAGUUUGUCGAGGGGGAAGGGCCGGCUUGGUUGACGAGGAGGAAGGGUGAUGGGUAUGAUGUUAUCUCUGCGGAUGAGACUGUUGCUCAAGUAGACCCCUUGAGGUUAUCACAGUUUCUAUUGGAAGAGUGCAGGAAGAGAGGUGUACAAGUUCAUCAACCAGCAACACCAACAUCUAUAUCUACAGAUGACAAUGACACCAUGACUGCCCUCAACGUCAAACAAGACGAUGGCUCAAAAACACAGAUCCCAUGUACAUCCCUCCUCUUCGCCUGCGGCGCCUGGACCCCAAAAGUCUUCCGCUCACUCUUCCCCUCCUCACCCCUCAAACCUCCCAUCUCUCCCUACGCAGGCCACAGCAUUGUAGUCUCGUCUCCUCACUGGACAACCUCCCACGAACAAAACGGCUGCCAUGCAAUCUUCAGCAGUUCAUCCUCAGGCUUCAGCCCCGAACUCAUCAGCCGCAUAGGCGGAGAAAUCUACAUUGCAGGAUUAAACGAUGGCAGCAUCCCUCUGCCUGAUCUAGCUACAGAGGCAAAGAUCGAAGAUUCUGCUAUUGAAGAGUUGAAAAAGACUGCAGAGAGGAUGUGUGGGAUUCCUGGGCAGGAGGUUAAGGUCCUCAGGGAGGGAUUGUGCUUUAGACCUGUUACACCUAGGGGAGAACCUAUUCUGUGUCAGGUUGAGGAGAAGAAGUUAGGAGGUGUGAAAAGUUCAGGUGGUGUGUUUGUGGCUGCGGGACAUGGCCCUUGGGGUAUUUCAUUGAGUUUGGGAACGGGGUUGGUUAUGAGUGAGAUGAUUAGGGGUGUCAAGACUAGUUGUAAGGUUGGGAGGUUGGGUAUGCAGUAG